AUGCAAACAUUUACUCUGAUCAGCACGUAUAUAAUGUCGGCUAAAACCAAUUCGGAAUUGAAUCAAUUGCAGUCGCAACUAGCGACGAUUCAAGAGCAACAGCGUUUACAAAAACUGAUGAUUAAACAAUUUCAAGAACAAUUGAAUUCUUAUCAACAAAAACAACAAGUAUCACCAUUACCAUCGGAAGAGGAGGAAGAUGACGGAGAGGAGAGUUCACCAUUAGAUUUAACGUCGAAAUCCGAUGAAGAACCUUCGACAUCAACCAUCGAAUUUCAAAUGGAAGCACAUGAAGGUGAACCGGAAAAUCCUAAUAUGUCCAAGCUGAAGUCCAUGAUCGAAAAACUUGAGCGAACGUCUAAUAAAAACGAUGCUAAUGAAUGUGUUGUUUGUAAACGUAUUUUAUCAUGUCAAAGUGCGCUGAAAAUGCACUACCGAACGCAUACAGGUGAACGACCGUAUCAAUGUCGUAUAUGUUCGCGUGCAUUCUCUACUAAAGGCAAUCUGAAAACCCAUAUGAAUAUCCAUCGAUUUACUGAUAAUACUUCUAUGACCGAAGAAACAUCGGAAGAUGAAUCACAGAAUGAUGAUGGAGUGGACGAAGAUCAACUACCACCAUUCAAUGUUGCACCAUUUUCGUUAUUCAAUCCACAAUUUUUUCCUUUUCUAGCUGCAGCCGCAGCACUAAAUCAAAAAAAAUCCUUGAAUUUACUAAUUCCAGACGAGAAAAAAGACACAACUAUAAUUCCUGACGAAAUUCCUCAUACACGACGAUCGUUAUCGACAUCUCAACACAUCUGUGGAAUCUGCUCGAAAAAUUUCUCAUCUGCGUCUGCUUUACAAAUUCAUAAUCGCACACAUACAGGAGAGAAACCGUACAAAUGUGAAGUUUGUGGACGAGCAUUUACAACUAAGGGCAACUUGAAAGUUCACCGAGGUACGCACAUGUACCAAACAAAUCAUCCAACCGUGGAUCAGCACGGAGGCAAAAUCCGUUCUCAACAACGGCGUUACGACUAUCAUCCAUAUUCGACAGUAAAAAGUGAAUCGUGA